AAAAGAGAGAGGAGAGAGAGAAAGACACUCGUUGAAUAUAAUCUAAUUCAUUUUUUAGUUCUAUCCUUAUAGUUGUUUUUUUCUAAUCGUGAUUUGUUUAUUUUAGUCUAUUUUAAGUGACAGAGUGAGAAAGAGUUAAUUCUCUCUCGCAUUUAACAAUUCCUAUAUAAAUGACUCAAUUUGACAAAAAGGUCGACUGUCAAUUUAAUUCUUUUACUAAGAAUAUUGCAGUUUAUACUGGAAGAUCCAAUUUUGAUUUUACAAUCGAUUCUAAUACUUUUGAUUAUAAGGGUAGCGCAUUUGGAAUAAAAGAUGGUGAAUAUCAGCUAAUUGGUAAUGAAAAUGGUAUUGUAGAUAGUCAAAAAUAUCGUUACAAGGAAGAAGGAUCUGGGAAUAAAAGGAAAAUUAUAUUUACCCAACCAACGUUUAAUUAUUCGGAUAAUUUAUAUUUUGAUUUGCAUACAAAAUUUCUUGAUGGAUACGAAGGUGUUACCUUAGUAACUAGAGUUGCUUUAGUAAUAUUGUCCGAUUUUACAACAACUUGUCCUAAUGAUUCUAAACAGAAAGUCCUAUUAAAUGAAAGCAAUAAUACAUUUUCAUUCGAUGUAAGCGUUAAAUUCCAGCAUUAUUCACCAGCUCUUACUUGCGAAGUUUAUGGUGGAUUGGCAAAUUUGAAUAAAGAACUUGAAUAUACUAGACAAGAUUUUGACAAACCUUUGCAAGGUUCUGUUAAAUAUUCAAUUACUAUUAGAAACUUCUUUAGGGGUGGAACCGACGUAAAGUGUUACUUCUCCUACGACACAUCUCAAUAUGUUGAUGAUAAUGAAAAAGAUCAUAUGCUUUCCAUUCCACCAAACAAAACUGUCGGAAUUACGUAUCAGUUUAGAACUGAAACUAAUCAACCAACUUUCUUUUCCGACAAUGACAUUAAAAGUGUUACGAAUACAUUUUCCAUCGAUAUCCACUAUGGACCUGAAGACGUUUCAGCUAACCUACAUCCAUUGAAGAGUAACUUUACUUAUUGUUUUUAUAAAAGUGGCUUCGUAACAUUAACAAAUGUAACUUGGACGGUGAACGAAAUAGAACAAAAUGAAACAACUCGAGAAUUAGACAUUAAAGAGUUAAACGAGAGACCAUUGAAUAUAACUUGUAAGCCAUGCGUUAAAUAUGAAGAUAACUCUGAAAAAUGCGUACUUAGCGAGACGUUUACAUUGGAGAAAGUCUCUGAAACGGAAAAUAUAACAAGUAUUGGAUACGGAGUUGAUAAAGAUGAUGAUACAAAAAAUUUGUUGAUUGCUGACGCAAAUGGAAUAGUGGACGAUCAAAAACAUAGAUAUUCUCUUAAAAUAUUCAAUGAAACUUGGAAAGUAACAUUUACACAAGAAACUCAAUCGUACGAAGAUAAUGCUUAUUUUAGUUGUAUUUCUAAAACAGAAAGUUUAAGAGCAGUGUUUGUUUUAUUAUCCAACUACGAAUGUGAUAAACAAGGAAAUGUUGAUGUAUUACAUGGUGAUAAGAUGAAUUUCGUCAUGAGUACCAAUUUUACUCAUUUUAGUCCGUUUAUUGUUUGUCAAUCGAGUGAUGAAUUUCUAUCUAUUACGAAAACCGAACGAGUUGACAUAUUCAAUAUGAUAGAUACAUAUGAAGCAUUGAAAGGAUUCAUUGAAGGACAAAUAUCUGUUGAAGGAUUCGAUAAAAAACCAGCUAAUUUAACUUGCUCCUUCACUUUUGACCCAGAGAAGGAUCUUGAUUCAGAACAGUAUAUUCGUCUGUCGCUUAUGCCACCAAUUUUUUCUCAGGUUUCUUCUACUCAACCAUCCUUCCACGAUAAGGGUGAUCAGAGUAAAUUAGCUUGCAACAUAAAUUUCAAUGUACAGUAUGGUCCUGAUAGCGUAACGAUAACAGAAAUUGACAACACAACCGUACGAUGUCAGUACAAGGCUAACUACUCAAAUAGAUUGUAUACCAAUUGGACGAUUAACGGAACUAUUGUAAAUAAUGAAACUAAGGAUAUUUUGGAUUUAAGUAGUUAUCAUAAUGUUCGUCCCAUAUUUGUCACGUGUAGGCCCUCUAUAGAAUUUUAUAAUAGCCAAAUAAAUAGCUCGGAAAGUGAAGUUUUUGCUUGGGGAUUAGAUGCUGUACCACCUACUCUUUCUCCUCCUCCUCUUGACCGUCAUAUACCAUCAAAUUUGGCGUUGUAUGAAGACCAGGACAAACCUUUUCAAUUUUUCUGCCAUGGUUGGCCUGCUGUUCCACCAAUUAUAGAUUACUCCUCUUACGGGCCAACUGAUGAUGGAAAUGAUAAAAAACUCAUUGCUGAUAGAGAUGGUAUUGUUCCUGGAGAAAGUCAUAGAUAUCAAAUGGAAGUUGACGAAUACUUUAGUAGAGUUAUCAUUUAUAACGCUUCAGUCAAAUCAUAUGAAGAUAACGCCUAUUACGAAUGCGCCACUGGUAAAGAAGCAUUUAGAUCCGCAUUUGUAGUUUUAUCCGAUUUUAAUUGCCAUACGAGAACUUUGUUCGGAGUUGAGGAUUUACCUUUGGAGUUUGAAAUAAGCGUUAAUUUUACUCAUUUUGCACCACUUUUCAAAUGUGAAAGUGAUACCAAUGUAACACUUAUCCCCGAUUAUAACUAUUACAUGAAUGAUCCUAACAAGCCAAUGAAAGGAACUGUUACUGGAAAAGUAACACUAGGCAAUCCAUCAAGAAAUGCAACAUAUCUUCAAUGCUAUUUUACAUACGAUUCAGAAGAUUACGUAUUCUUUAAUGAACUGAAUCAUUUGUUAAGUAUUCCACCAGCUCAGUCUUUCGCUGAUUCUCUCCAACCGAAAUUCGCUUAUGAAGAAGAUAAAGAUAAAGUCUCUUGUCGUAAUCCACUAAAUAUUCAAUUCGGUCCCGACAAUGUAGAAAUUAAGGAAAAUGAUACUGUAAAUACUACAGUGGAGUGCCAUUUCAUCGGUCAUUUCAAAGAAUAUAAGUAUACUAAUUGGAUUGUUAAUGGCGAAUUGAAAUUUAAUAGAACUCAAGUGUAUGUAGAUUUAUCCCCAAUUGAAAUUGAAGCAGAUAUUACAUGUGAACCUUGCGUGGAAUUUUUCAACGAAGUAGUCAGAUGUAAAGAAAGUAGUAAUGUUUAUCAUUGGAAGCCGAUUGUUACACCACCUCCUCCUACAACUGAAGCACCCAUACCAAUUAGAGAAAGUCCCACAAAUCUAGUAAUAUUUGAAGGAAGAAAGAAUUUUUCUUUCUCUUGUUCACCAUUUCCAGCAAACGCAACGAUCAUUGGAGAUUCUGUUAAAUACGAUAAUCAGCUAAAGGGCGUGCUAAUUUCUAAUGAAACAUCAAUACUUCCCGAAUACGAUGAUCUUUACGAUAUAACGAUAGAAGAUGACGGCACACGAACAGUAUACUAUACAGAGACAAGUGAUAAAUAUAGAAAUAAUUAUUACCACGAUUGCGUAAUAGAAUCAGCCGCGAAUAUCGUACAUUACAGAGGAGCUGUUGUCGAAUUAACAAAUUACCAUUGCAGCAAUGAGAAAGUCUACGCAAUUGAGCAUAAAGUUCUAAUUCCCAAUAUGAAUGUAUCUUUUACUCAUUUCUCUCCAAAAUUUCAAUGCACAAACGAUAGAGGUGAAAAAAUGAAAACUCUAGCAGUCUCCACCUAUGAUUUUGGAGAUAGUAAACCUAUGAAGGGAUAUACUCUUGGCAAUAUCGAUAUUGAAGAUAAGGACUUGAAAAGUUUAAAAUGCAUGUACACAUAUGAUAGGACAGAAUAUGUACUGGGUGCGGAACUCACAUACUUUUAUUUACUUCCCCCGUUGGCUAGUUUUGUCAGUGAUAGACAGCCGUAUUUCUAUUAUGAGGAAGAUAGAGACAAACUAAUAUGCGAGUUCGACAUAGAAGUGCAAUAUGGACCAACUGAUGUAAAUAUUUCUGUAAGUGACGUUGAUAAGAAUAUUGUUCAUUGUAAUUUUACUGGAAGAUAUGUAAACUUGAUCAAUACAAACUGGACGGUGAAUGGAGAACUUCAGCUGCCUACUGAAAAUUUCAUUGAUUUAUCGAAUUUACCGUCUCCAUCAAGAGUUACUUGUGAGCCUUGCCUCGAAUUCCAAGACGGUAGUAUACAAUGCAAACAAAGCGAAGAAUUUAUUUGGACUAGUCCAAUACCCUACAUUUCUGUUUCUCCUACAAACUUUGCUGUUUACCAGGGCCGAGCUUAUUUCUCUUUCUCAUGCUCGCCAUAUCCAGAAGAUAAUAAGAUUGUAGGUAACGCAUUUAAAGUUGAAAACAACGAUAUAUCUGUUUAUAUGGCGAAUGAGAAUAGAAUCAUUGCUGAAUACGCUAAUGAUUAUGAACUGGAAUACAAUGGAGCAGUAAGAACCAUCUUUUAUACAAAGCCAACAGAUUCGUAUAAGGAUCAUCUCUAUCAUGAGUGUGUCCUUAAAGAGAACAGAUACAGAGCUACUCUGACAGUUUUAUCCAAUUUUCAAUGUCAAGAUGACCCUCUGAUUGUUAUAGAAAGACGAAACACUUCAAUGAUUAUGAGAGUUGAUUUUGUACAUUAUUCACCUGAAGUAGUAUGCAUAGGAAAUGAAGGAUUAUUAAGUCAAACUUUCGGUAUAACAGAAUAUACUAAAACUGAUGUCAAACAACCAAUGGAAGGUUUUACUAAUGCUUAUGUAACAAUCAAUGAUAGAAAUGUUAAAAAUAUCCAAUGCGCAUUCAUGUACGAUCCUAGUAAUUAUGUUCUUAUUGAUGAAGCUAUCCACGCUUUUUCGCUUCCUCCCGAAGGCUCAUUUAUAGACCUUUUUCAGCCCACAAUGGCUGAAAAUGAUGAUAUUGAGAAAGUAACCUGUAAACGGCCAGUUGAAGUUCAAUAUGGUCCUGAGAAUAUCAGAUGUGAAGAAACAGCUGCUAAUUCGAGAAUUGUAAAAUGUAUUUACACUGCAAAAGUGACAAGACUUUUAAGAGUCAACUGGACGGUUAACAAUGAUGAAGUUAACGGUCAAACUGAUGAAACUAUUGAUCUUACCGAUAGAGAAGAGGAGUUGUCUGUAAAAUGCCUACCGUGCGUUGAAUUCUAUAACUCAGAGAUCAAUUGCGCAGAAGGAAGUGUGUUAAAUCUGCCAGCAAUUCAAGGUAAUAUUUAUAUACUAAAAGUUACAAUCUAA